AUGAGAUUGGUUAUUUUAGACGAUUAUGACAAAGCCAGUUUAUGGGCUGCUAAGUAUAUUAUGAAUGCCAUCAAUGGAUUCAAACCCUCUCAAACCAAAUCCAAUUUCGUCUUGGGAUUACCAACAGGUAGCUCACCACUUGGAACAUACAAAUACUUAAUACAAUUUUUCAAGGAAGGUAUGGUAUCAUUCAAGAAUGUCAUCACCUUUAAUAUGGACGAAUAUGUCGGCUUACCUCGGGAUCAUUGCCAAAGUUAUCACACUUAUAUGUGGGACAAUUUCUUCAAGCACAUCGAUAUCAAUCCUGCCAACGUCCAUAUCCCUGAUGGAAAUGCUCCUGAUCUUAUCGUCGAGUGCAACAAUUACGAAAAAGCAAUUGAUCAAGCGGGUGGUAUCGAUCUCUUUCUUGGAGGAAUUGGCACUGAUGGCCACAUUGCUUUCAAUGAGCCUGGAUCUUCUCUGGCAUCGAAAACUAGAUUAAAAAGCCUAGCUGCCGAUACGAUCGCGUCCAAUGCUCGCUUCUUCGAAGGAGAUAUACAGAAAGUUCCCAAGAUGGCAAUAACCGUUGGGGUUAAAACGGUUAUGAGUGCCAAUGAGGUAGUCAUGAUAAUUAUAUGUGGAGGUCAUAAAUCAUUCGCAUUGCACAUGGCUAUAGAGGAAGGCGUUAGCCAUAUGUGGACAGUAUCUGCUUUUCAACAGCAUCCCCGCUGUACAUUUGUGGUUGAUGAAGAUGCAACCUUAGAACUGAAAGUGAAAACGGUUAAAUAUUUCAAAGGAUUGAUGGAAGUGCAUAACAAGCUGGUGGAACCCCGAGUACCUUCUAGUUUUACCGCUCCUUAA